CUCUCCGAAACCGCCGCAACCCACCCUCUGCACCCAUCCACCAUCUCCCCUCACGUUCACGAACCACACCACAACAAUGAGCUCCGCCGUCCGCACCACCGCCACGCGCGCCCUCCGCACUCUGCGCCCCACCGCCGCGGCCGCCAUGCAGGCCCGCAACUCUUCCUCGGAUACUGCGGAUACCUACAAGAGCCCGUUCGCGGGUGCUUCCGCUCACCAGACCACAAAAAUCCCGGACUUCUCGAAGUACCGGUCCUCGACUGGAACCCGUGGCAAUCAGGUGUUUGGGUACUUCAUGGUCGGAACUAUGGGUGCUCUGUCGGCGGCCGGAGCGAAGGCUACUGUUCAGGACUUCCUCGUCAACAUGUCCGCCUCAGCCGAUGUCCUUGCCAUGGCCAAGGUAGAAGUCGACCUCAGCAGCAUCCCAGAGGGCAAGAACGUUAUCAUCAAAUGGCGCGGCAAGCCAGUCUUCAUCCGCCACCGCACACCCGACGAGAUCGAGGAGGCGAACAAAGUGAAGAUCGAGUCGCUCCGCGACCCGCAGGCCGACGCCGACCGCGUCAAGAACCCCGAGUGGCUGAUCAUGCUCGGAAUCUGCACCCACUUAGGUUGUGUGCCCAUCGGCGAGGCCGGUGAUUUCGGUGGUUGGUUCUGUCCUUGCCACGGAUCGCACUACGAUAUCUCUGGACGUAUCCGACGGGGCCCCGCGCCGCUGAAUCUGGAGAUUCCCGAGUAUGACUUCCCCGAGGAUGGAAAGCUCAUCAUCGGUUAAACCUCGGCUUCUUGGAUCGGUUUCCGUCGGCCUUCGAUUGGUUUCUAGACUGUAGAGAGGGAGCAGAGGGAAGCAGUAAAAAUGCCAUUUGUAUCAAACGGGGUGAGAGGGGUUUAGAAGUGUCGGUGUCAACAAGCCCAUUUUUUCCUCAUCUUCAAAUUCUAUCUACCAUAUGGGGAUUUACAAUCAAGCGUUGUAUUCUGUUGCGAGGUGGAGGUCGUCGUUAUUGCAGUUUACUUACUUACAAUACCUCUCUUUCAUGCUUUCACAAACGAGGACAAACGGGAUAGCGCAAGGUC